CGAUUAAUAAGAUUUGGUGUCUAUCUUGAAAUGACCCGACGAAAACGGCCAUAUGUGCCAAAGACUAAAGGCUGUUAUCAAUGCUCACAGCGGCGAAUCCACUGUGACAGGACGCAGCCGUCGUGUGGGAAAUGUGUAUCUAAAGGCAUUCUGUGUAGUGGAUUUGGGGUAAGGUAUAGAUUCUGCGAUGGGUCUGAGCGUCUGAAGGGGAGAGCGCCAAUGGAGUAUCCUGAGGCUUCAGAUGCUCUCGAUUCUUCUGGUUCGUUGAUGUCCAGCGCGGCCUAUAUUGAUAGAGGCGCAUCGAUAGAAUUAUCUAGGAGUGAAACGGAUUAUGGCGCUGCUCACGGCCAGCCAAGACCUGAUAGUUUGCAACCUGCGCUCGCCUGGGGGAACUCGGAAGGAUCGGAACGAUUCCUUGUGAAAUAUUUCUCGGACAACAUUGCCCCCGAAAUGGUCGUAAUUGACGACAACCACAAUGGAUGGCGCCAUCUGGUUCUCCCUCUAGCCUGGGGGGACAAACUGGUCAUGAAGGCCGUGCUGACCGUUUCCUCUUUCCACCUUUCCCGCAAAUCCGGUGGCCGAGUCCAAGUUCAGAAUCAACGUCUUGCCAGACCAAGCACUCUCUACUUCGAGGCAAUCCGUGAGCUUCAAAACCGGAAGGGUCUAGAUCAAUAUGACCACCAAACGAAACGACUAGUCAUCCUGUCCAUCAUUGUCCUGCUUGUUGCAGUUAUGGUCACUGGGUGUUCGGACUUUCCGAUUCUUUUCCAUCUUCUCCAGUCCGCUCUCGAUAUUGUUGGUGGUGAAGAUGGGCUUGGGCCAGAUGAGUUGUCUGAGUUUGCGCUGCGGCAAAUUCACAAGAUGCGAGUUUAUGCUGCACCUUUUAUCAGCCAACAAACUGGCGUAUCCACGAUCCUCUCUCAAGCCCCGCAUAGCUUCGACUGCCUCUACUAUAGCUCGCGCUUUCACCCAGAAAAACAGUACAUGAUAGAUCUAAUAGCCAGUUUAAGGCAGCAAGCCUACGAUAUAUAUCUACAGCGUGUUCUUCUUAGCAAACCCCCGGGUAACGAACUAUCAUCGGCAGAUGUGGUCACAAGAUUUCGAGCCAGCCUUGAACCUUUCCCCGAGGGAUUUCCCGGUGACCACUCCUUGAUCUGGCCGUCCUUUAUCGCAGCGUCUGAGAGCUGUUCGCCAGAGGACCAGCAGUUUUUCGAGCAGUUCUUGUUGAAGCAAUAUAAUCGUAAUGGGUUUGGGAAUAUAUUGAAGGGGUUGGAGCUUUUGAAAAGGAUUUGGGCAAGGGAUGUGGAUGUUAAUUGGCCGGCGCUCCUUCCUGGGCCACGAGUUUUUAUCAUGUAAUUCGAUAAUACCUGCUAGUUGGUUAUGUUAGUAAAUUAAACUCUGGAAGGUUCCCUGG